AUGGAGGGCAAGCGGAACAUUGUCGUUGUCGGGGGUGGCGUCAUAGGCUGUACCACGGCCUACUAUCUAAGCCGGCAUCCUAAAUUCAAUCCAGCACUUCAUACGAUCACGCUGCUUGAAGCUGCCCCUUCCCUGGCUUCCGGAGCCUCGGGCAAGGCGGGUGGCCUACUCGGCUUGUGGGCAUACCCUUCGUGCCUCGUCCCCCUGUCAUUCAAGCUCCAUGCGGAACUCGCCGCCGAGCAUGGCGGUGCCCAGAAAUGGGGCUACCGUCCUCUCAAGUGCGGCAGCAUCUCAGCUACGGUGACCAAGCAGCGUAUCCAGCAGAUGCAGACGUUGAACGGGGACACCAAGGCCUGGGAAAGACUGCCGAAGCAGAAUGAGGCAGCACAGGAGCUCUUUGCGAGUACCAACCAGCCAGAAGAUCUUGACUGGAUAUCCCGUGACCUUGUGGAAGGGUAUGCCGAGAUGGGCGCACCUGGGGCCUCCGAGACGGCGCAGGUCCAUCCCUACCAUUUCACAACAUCGAUGGGCGAGCUCGCCCGGAGCGGUGGAGUCGAUAUUCGAACAAACGCCAAAGUCACCAACAUCAAGUCGAAGGCAUCUGGGGUGGAGAGCAUCGAGUACCUCGAUCGUGAGAGCGGAGAGACGAAGCAGAUCAACGACGUGACUGACGUUGUGGUCUCUGCUGGACCGUGGACGGGGCGUGUGCUGCCAAAGGCCAAGGUGGAAGGACUCCGUGCUCACAGCGUCGUGUACGAGGCGGACGUCAGCGCAUAUGCUGUCUUUACCGACAUUGAACUUCCCUCGGACUUUGUCCCUGAGCACCGCGCCAAGAUGGGCCAGAAGCGCAAGCACAAGGGGUCGGUCGAUCCCGAGAUCUACGCCCGGCCUUUUGGUGAGGUCUACGCGUGCGGCGAACCGGACAAGCUCGUGCCUCUGCCAGAGACGGCCGACCAGGUCCAGUGCGACGAAGCGCAGUGCGACGACAUCAUCUCCUACAUCGGGACCGUCAGCCCCGUGUUGCACUCUGCGCCCGUCAAGGCAAAGCAGGCGUGCUAUCUGCCGCAACACAUUCGCUUCGGUCAGGAGAGUGGACCACUGAUUGGCGGUACAUCUGUACCAGGAAUUUGGUUAGCUGCCGGUCACACGUGCUGGGGCAUUCAGAAUGGCCCGGGCACUGGCAAGCUCAUGUCUGAAUUUGUGUUUGACGGCAAAGCGACGAGUGCGAACGUCAGCAAUCUGGACCCAAAGAAGUUCAAGAAGAAGAAGCGCCGCUCGCAGCGCCAACCUGUCCGUCAGCCAAACCGACCCAAGAAGGCUCUCAACCCGCUCGGUAAUAGCACCGUCGCCGCCAACUGGGACAAGUCCCAGACCCUCGCACAGAACUACCGCCGUCUCGGUCUCUCCGCGCGCCUGCGUGGUCCCACCGGUGGAACAGAGAAACCGCUUGGCUCGAAACCCUCCCACUCGGACAAGGACCCUCUGGCCGUGAAAAACAUUGAACCCGUUGCCGCCCUGGUCGAAGCCAAAGUCGAGCGCGAUGCCGACGGCAAGAUCAUCCGCGUCCUGUCCCGACCAAACCCCCUCAACGACCCUCUGACCGCACUGAGUGACGACGAAGAGGAGGCGAUGGCGGAGGACAAGGAAUACGAGGAGUGGGGUGGCAUCCACGAGACCGGCAACGAGACAGAGGUGGUGCGGGAGUUGAUUGAGCAAGCGAAGAACCCAGCGGAGAAGAAACCCCGCUACCAGAGCUCACGGGAAAGAGAAUGGUUAACGAGCUUGGUGGAGAAGCACGGGGACGACUACGAUGCCAUGUUCAGGGACAGAAAGUUGAACCCGAUGCAGCAGACGGCCGCCGACAUUGCGAAAAGGAUCAAGAAGAUGAAAGCAUAG